AUGAUUCGUGCGUUGCUUCCCAAACAUGUUGACGCUGUAGUUAAGGUACAAAAAGAUCCUCUAAAAGCAUUGGAGAUGUUCAACUCAGCCAAAAACGAACAAGGGUUCAACCACACUCUAUUCACCUACAAAUGCAUGCUUCAAAAGCUUGGCUUCCAUGGCAAAUUCAACGAGAUGGAGAAUCUUCUCUCUGAGAUGAGAGCGAAUUUAAACAACUCGUUCUUGGAAGGAGCUUACGUUGAAGCCAUGAGACUCUAUGGAAGAAAAGGGAAAGUUCAAGAAGCUGUUGACACCUUCGAACGCAUGGAUUUAUACAACUGCGAUCCUUCUGUUCAUUCCUAUAACGCUAUCAUGAACAUUCUUGUUGAGUUUGGUUACUUCAACCAGGCUCAUAAGGUUUACAUGAGGAUGAUUGAUAAAAGGGUUGAAUCAGAUGUGUAUACGUACACCAUAAGGAUUAAGUCGUUUUGUAGGACACGUAGACCUCAUGCUGCUCUUAGGUUGCUUCGGAAUAUGCCUUUGUUAGGUUGUUUUUCAAAUGCCGUUGCUUAUUGCACUGUUGUUGCGGGGUUUUAUGAAUUUGAUGAUAAAGUGAAAGCACGUGAGCUGUUUGAUGAAAUGCUUGAAUGUUCUUUGUGUCCUGAUGUUACUACUUUUAAUAAGCUUGUUCAUAUUUUAUGUAAGAAGGGUCUUGUUUUGGAAAGUGAGAAGCUUCUUAAUAAGGUUUUCAAGAGAGGGGUUUCUCCGAAUUUGUUUACUUUUAAUAUCUUUAUACAAGGGCUUUGUAAGGAAGGUUCUCUUGAUAGGGCGGUUAGGUUGUUGGGUUGUGUGUCAGGGGAUGGUUUGAGGCCUGAUGUUGUUAGUUAUAAUACAGUCAUAUGUGGGCUGUGUAGGAAUUCGCGGGUUGUUGAAGCUGAGGAAUAUUUGCAUAAAAUGGUUAAUGGUGGAUUUGAGCCGAAUUGUUUCACUUAUAAUAGUAUUAUUGAUGGAUACUGCAAGAAGGGGAUGGUAGUGGAUGCAAAUAGGAUUCUGAAAGAUGCAGUUUUUAAGGGUUUUAAGCCUGAUGAGUUUACCUAUUGUUCAUUAAUUAAUGGUUUUUGCCAGGAUAGUGACCCUGAUCAGGCCGUGGCCAUCUUUAAGGAUGGGCUAGGUAAAGGUUUAAUGCCAAGCGUUAUUGUUUACAAUACUUUGAUUAAAGGGUUAUGUCAGCAAGGACUGAUUUUGCCGGCUUUACAAUUCAUGAAUGAGAUGGCAGAAAAUGGUUGUCACCCUGAUAUAUGGACUUAUAAUCUAAUCAUAAAUGGCUUGUGCAAGAUGGGUUGUUUAUCUGAUGCUAAUCAUUUUAUAAAUGAUGCUAUAGCCAAAGGGUGCAUCCCAGACAUAUUUACCUACAACACUUUGGUUGAUGGCUAUUGCAAACAGAUGAAGUUAGACAGUGCAAUUGAGUUGGUGAACAGAAUGUGGAGUCAAGGUAUGACUCCUGAUGUUAUCACAUAUAACACUUUGUUGAAUGGGCUCUGCAAGGCUGCAAAGUCCGAAGAAGUAAUGGAGAUUUUCAAGGCAAUGCCGGAGAAGGGAUGUACUCCAAACAUAAUUACGUAUAACAUUAUCAUAGAAAGCCUUUGCAAAUCUAAGAAAGUAAAUGAAGCAGUAGAUUUGCUUGGGGAAAUGAAAAGCAAGGGCUUGACACCUGAUGUAGUUAGUUUUGGCACAUUGAUCACCGGGUUCUGCAACAUUGGGGAUCUUGAUGGUGCUUAUCGGUUAUUUAGAGGGAUGGAAAAACAAUCUGAAGUUUGUCAUACAACAGCAACCUAUAAUAUCAUGCUUUGUGCAUUUUCGGAACAACUCAAUAUGAAAAUGGCCGUAAGACUCUUCUCUGAGAUGAAAAAAAAUAGCUGUGACCCAGACAACUAUACUUACAGGGUCAUAAUUGAUGGCUUUUGCAAAACGGGAAAUGUUAUCCGUGGAUACAGUUUUCUAUUGGAGAAUAUUGAAAAGGGAUUUAUUCCAUCACUGACAACAUUUGGACGGGUUUUAAAUUGUCUUUGCGUGGAGCACAAGGUUCAAGAAGCGGUUGGUAUCAUCCACCUUAUGGUACAAAAGGACAUUGUGCCAGAUACUGUGAAUACAAUUUUUGAAGCUGAUAAAAAGGUGGUAGCAGCACCUAAGAUUGUUGUAGAAAAUUUGUUGAAAAAGGGACAUAUAACUUAUCAUGCCUAUGAACUAUUAUAUGAUGGUAUUAGAGAUAAAACGAUUCUUAAGAAAAGAAAUCCAACCUGGAAUUCUCUUCGCCGUGGAGCCAGGUCAUCAGCAGUUGAUUAG